GAAAUGGACUGCAAAACUUCUGAAGGAUCUCUUACUCCAUGAAAGGAAACAUUCAGGAAAGAAGGAAAAACCUAGAGCUGUCUUCUUGCUGUUACCCAAACUGAAGCCAUGGACCUACGUAAACAACUGGAGAAUACUGAGAACUGGAAUAAAGAGAAGAUGGAAUUGUUGGAGAGAUUUGACAAUGAAAGGAAAGAAUGGGAAUGUCAAUGGAAGGUCAUGCAGAAGAAAAUAGAAGAGCUUUACCAGGAGGUAAAACUUAGACGGGAGAACAAUAUGAUUGUCCAUGAUAAUAAGGACAUUCAUAGCAAGGUGCUGCAGCUGUCCAUGUAUUCCCCUACUUCAGAAGAGAGUGACAGAGUGGAACUGAACUAUCAAUACAAUGUGGCAAAUGACAGGAAGGAAAAAGGGAGUUUGCUCAGUAAAACAGGACAAGAUGGUAAAGAAACCAGAGCCAAGACGAAAAGCAAUGAUCCAUUAAGGGACAAUCUGGCCUUUGAGAACCAUGAGGAACCUGAAGACAGCCUCAGCAUCAAAGCUUCCAAGAAAAAUACAAAGAAUUAUAUUGGUGAUCUCAAUGUAGCUCUUAAAGAACUUGCCAGAGUUAGUGAAGAAUUAUGCAGCUAUCAAGAGGAAAUUCGGAAGAAGUCCAACCACAGAAGAAUGAAGUCACUUCCUUUCCUGGGGGAAUUUGAAGAAACCGAAAACACGGUUAUUCUGCCUGAGAUGAACCAUGUGUCCAGCAAUGAAUCACAGACUUCAGUUGCGUUUGAAACAGAGGAGGAUAAUAAUAGGAAGAAUCUGAUGAACACCAAAGGUUUGAAGGACUUGUCUUGCAGUGCUGGUGAUAGAGAAACAGACUUCAGACCUUGGCAAAAGAAAGAAGCUCCACCAGUUCCUCCACGGAGCACUUCUCGGCACCUGACGAACUCACUUUCUGCAGUUGUACAGCUUUUUGAAGCACCAAUAAGAGAUCCAGGUGUCAAAAGCAAUUGCAAGAUUCAGGACUGUAGGAGUGGAAAUAAACUGAUGACUCCUUCACCUGUGAAACAAGAUGAAACUGCUGUGGCCUGUGCAAAUGAAAGACAGACUGUAAAAGGUCCUGUGAUUGUAACUGCUGCAAUACCUGUAACUAAAAAUGAGUGCAGUGUACCAGCAGGUUUCUGCCACAACACAUGGGCAUAUGAUGUGGGCAAACUUGGAAAGGAUAGUAAAAGUGAGCCUUCCGCACUGUCAGCCCAGAAGAGUUGUUCAGAUGGAAAUAUGGCCCAAAACAAGAUGCACCAGAAGCAAAAUCUCAAGUCUCAUAGCAGUCGUUAUUACAGUAAUGACUUUUAUGCCCCUGCUGCCCUGCACAAUGAUCUUUUGGGUGACUCUAGGUGUACUUUGGGUAGGACCCAAAGAAAUGAAACUUUAGCAGCAAAGAUUGAUGAGUUUAACCGGACUGUAUUUCAUACAGAUAAAUGUAACAAUUCUUCGCAGGAAAACCAGAUGCUUCCAACAGUGUUGGAAGAUCACAAACCUUGCAACUCACUGUGUGACACUGCGAUUAGCAGGACAGAGACUGUAAAUACCUCCUGUAUUUCAGCUCCCAAAAUCUCUUCAGCAAAGGAACAGGAAACUAGCAACCCCAGUAAAGUUAUCAGACCAGCAGGGCAACAAAAGCAAAUAAGUGGACUUCCAAAUACUAGUGGUUAUAGGCACAUGCUUCAUGAGCAUGACUGGAGACCAAGUAAUUUGUCUGGUCGCCCACGUUCAGCUGACUCAAGGUCAAACUACGGUGUUGUUGAAAAGCUUUUGAAAAACUAUGAAAAAUCAACAGUGACUUCUCCAUGUAACACAAAGUGCUGCAAAGAUAAGUGGACACAGGCAAAUUCCGAGUUCAUGGAUGGGGGUUGUGAGACAUCGAGUCAGUAUUUAGAAAUGCUCCAGACUGACCAAGAAAAGCAAGAAUUUCCGAGGAAUUCAGCCAGACAUAUUGGGCAGCAACUCAAGCAAGGAAAAGAGAGGCAGAAGUUACCAGAGGUAUCUGUGCCAGCUAAAUGUUCAAGUGGGAAAGGUUUCUCCCGGCCAGCUCGGCCAGCAAAUCGACGCUUACCUUCCAGAUGGGCAUCCAGAUCACCAUCAGCACCACCUGCUAUGAGAAGAACAACGUACAACUAUUCUGUCUCCUUUCGGUCAGAGACCUCAGUAGUCUGAACUCAGAGAUGGGUUGAAUGGUGUCGUGAAAGCUCCACACCUCGUUAUGUCUGUGUUCGGUAUGUGUUAUAGCAACCAGUUCUACACUGUUGUAUCUUGUCUGAGAGUGAUCCCAUCACUUGACUUGCUGGACAAAGCAUUUUGAAUCUUCAGUCAUCAUCACAGUCUUCAGUGUUUUUAUUGAGAUGAAGUAACUAUGCCCCCAUUUUUCUCUGUUUUUUUUUGUUUGUUUGUUUGUUUUUUCUGGCAAUCACUUACAAGGAAUUUUUUUGAAUGAUACCUUCUUUAAUUUGCCACUCAGUUUUGAGUUGAAACAAUGUAUAGUGCUGUAUAUUCUGACUCUUCUGCAAACAGCAGAAGGUAAAGCUGUGUGCAUGACCAUGUGUUUGUAGGUGCAUGUGUUGGAAUAAGAAAUCUACAGGUCUGUAUUUAGAAGAGACAAAUUGUGUUAGUGUUGACAUUGAAAUUACAACUUAUA